GCCACUUGACGACUGCCUCAGAACGACAAAGGUCAUGUACAUCGCAGUCGCAUAUAAAGCAGGUGUGAGCCCCAAAGUCAGCUCAGUGUUUGGCGCAGUGAACUGCAUAAGGAGUAAAGUUUGAAGCAUAAACAUAAUUCUGAAGAAUUUGUUAGCACUAGCCGCAGGGGAAGAAACUUUUCUAUUCAUUGCUCGUCUGCUGUGAAGAACAACAAUAUAAGCGAACCUUGGACUGUGAUAGGUUACAUAGCCGACAUCAUAGUCUAGCCCCGACUGACUGACCAGCACACCAUCAUGGAGACUAUGUUUGGUGUAGACAUCCCUCUGCUUCUCCUCUUGUUGCCACUGGUGAUUCUACUCCUCUACUGGAAAGGCAUGAGAUCGUACAAUUUCUGGAGCUUCGAGGGGAAUACCUGGACCUAAGCCCCAACUUAUCUUUGGUAACCAGUGGCAGAUGCAAAACAAAGGUCUGGCGAACUGUUUAAGAGAGUGGUCGAAAGCAUAUGGCCGUGUAUACGGAAUUUAUAGAAACAGCCAGCCCAUGCUUGUUACAAACGACCUGGACAUCUUAAGAGAGGUGAUGGUGAAGGAGUUUCCUCACUUUGCAGACAGACAUGACACGGUUAACGAUAAAACUUUCCAGAAGACUGUCUUUUUUGCCCGGGGACAUGACUGGAGAAGAAUCAGAAACAUAAUCACACCAACUUUUACUUCCGGAAAACUUCGUCUGAUGGAGAAUUACAUUAAUCGCUGUAGCGAGGUUCUGACGGAAAACAUGCUGAAGAUCGCCCGCAAUGGUGGAAAAAUAAUGGUGAAAGAGUAUUGUGGGGCCUUUACCAUGGAUGUGAUUACGGGCACAGCUUUGGGAAUUCUUGUCAACUCCCAGCAUGACCUCCAAAAUAAAUUUGUGUCUAACGCAAAAAUCAUCUUUGACACUAGAAGGGACCGCACAAACUUUAUUCAACAGCUGCUUAGUAUCAAUCCAUUUCUUAACCGUUUGGUUCGUAUUCUUCCCAACCUGUUUUCCAAGCAAGAAAACCCUAUGACUUUCUUUUUGGAGGCCAUCCGUCGCAUUGUGGCAGACAGGAAAGAAGAAACGGUUCCAAGGAAACAGACAGAUUUUCUCCAGCUUCUUGUCAAUGCAGAGGCAUCCGAAGAUUUUGUAGACACCACUGCUGAGAAUGGAAAGGGCCUCACUUAUGAUGAGAUCGUCGCUCAAAUAAUGAUAUUUUUUCUCGCUGGAUACGAAACAACGGCAACGACUUUGCAGUUCAUGACCUACAACCUGGCUGUGUUCCCGGAUGUCCAGCAGCGAAUUGUUGAUGAGAUUCAAGAGCAGAUUGGAGACGAGGUACCAACCAAUGACAAUGUCAGUAAACUCAAGUACAUGGAGCAGACCAUCAAAGAGACUCUGAGAUUGUUUCCAACUGUUGUAUCUGUAACUCGCAUGGCCUCCGAAACAGUGACCAUCAAGGGUGUGACUAUCCCAAAAGGAGUUGGAGUUCUCAUUCCUAUUUAUGACGUCAUGAGAGACCCUGAAUAUUUCCCAGAUCCUGAGGUCUUCAGACCAGAAAGAUUUUCAAACGAAGCGAAGGAUGAAAUGAAUCCUCUCUCUUUCCUCGCUUUUGGGUUCGGACCCCGUCUGUGUAUCGGCAAGCGUCUGGCUUUGCUGGAAAUCAAAAUCGCCAUGGUGCACGUGCUCAGAAAGAUUAAAUUUGUCAAGACACAAGACCUGCCGGAGAAUCUGCCGCUCAUAGCAUCGGGAAGUCGGCUUGUACCUGUCACCCCCCUGAUGGUCAAAGCCGUACUUCGCCAUACAGAAACUAAGUCUUAAUCAAAUCAGUAUUCUUUAUUCUGGGGAGAGAUGGUUUCACAGACAUUAUUCCCCGAAAUGUUUUUGAUCAUUUCUCCUCUCUCUCUUGGACUCCAUUGUCUCUCUUGCCAGCUCCUUUUUCACUUUAUAGUUUAUACAUUUGUACUUAAUUGUGAUAUAUAGAAAGAGAAAAUGUUUAGUGGCUGGUACACUCCUGCAUCAUACUCUAGUGAAACUGUGCCUGAACUGUGAAAUGAAACAUUCAUAUAUUCACGAUUAUAACAAUGACUUUGCAUGUGGAGUACAAGGACCUACAAUCUAGCCAGAUAUUAAAAGAACAAUGAACAAAAUAAAUAAAUAAAUGAGCCUCUGGAAACGAAACA